AUGGUAAAGUCUACAGGCGAUGAGGGCCUGCUCUGGCAGCUCCUCUUCACUGGCAGCUCAGGGAAGCUGCGUUACGGCUGUGACUGUGUCUGCCGGGUGGCCCUCAGGAUGCGCUUUUCCAGUGGCAAGAAUGUUCGUAUCGGUUACUCGGCGCACUGCCUCCUUAAUACCAAGACUUGCCCUUCAUGUGGAAUCACAUUUGCUCCCAAAACUGAAGCUGGUGCAGAAGGAGGAGCUGUACAAAAUGGCUGUCAAGACGAGCCCAAGGCCAGCACCAAGGUCUCAGGAGGGCCCAGCUCCAAAACCCAGAAUGGACUUCUGAGCCCCCCUCAAGAGGAGAAGCUUACCAACAGCCAAACCUCCUUGUGCGAGAUCCUUCAGGAAAAGGGGCGGUGGGCAGGUGUGAGCUUGGACCAGUCAGCCCUCCUCCCACUGAGGUUCAAGAACAUCCGUGAGAAAACCGAUGCCCAUUUUGUGGAUGUCAUCAAAGAAGACAGCCUGAUGAAAGAUUAUUUCUUCAAGCCACCUAUCAAUCAGUUCAGCCUGAACUUCCUGGAUCAGGAGCUGGAACGAUCCUACAGGACCAGCUACCAGCAAGAGGUCAUAAAGAAUUCUCCUGUGAAGACAUUCGCCAGUGCCACCUUCAGCUCCCUCCUGGAUGUGUUUCUGUCCACAACAGUGUUCCUGAUUCUCUCCAUCACCUGCUUCCUGAAGUAUGGGGCCACUGCCACGCCUCCCCCACCAGCUGCCCUUGCUGUCUUUGGAGCAGACCUGCUGCUGGAGGUGCUGUCCCUGGUCGUAUCCAUCAGAAUGGUGUUCUUCCUGGAGGACGUCAUGGCGUGCACGAAGCGGCUCCUGGAAUGGAUCGCAGGGUGGCUCCCUCGUCACUGCAUCGGGGCCAUCCUGGUGUCCCUGCCUGCGCUCGCCGUCUACUCCCACAUCACCUCUGAGUUUGAGACAAACAUCCAUUUCACCAUGUUCACUGGCUCUGCCGUGCUGGUGGCUGUCGUGCACUACUGCAACUUCUGCCAGCUCAGCUCCUGGAUGAGGUCCUCCCUUGCCACCAUCGUGGGGGCCGGGCCGCUGCUGCUGCUCUACAUCUCCCUGUGCCGGGACAGUUCCAUAGCAACUUUGCCCCUGGAUGCAGCACAGAACUUCAGUGCCGAGAGGAGCCCGUGCAACAGCUCACUGCUGCAGGACAGCAGGAGGCCGGCCAGCCUCGUAGGCAAGGAGCUCAUCCUAGCCUUCUUCCUCCUGCUGCUGCUGGUCUGGUUCCUGAACCGAGAGUUUGAAGUCAGCUACCGGCUGCACUACCACGGGGACGUGGAAGCGGAUCUUCACCGCACCAAGAUCCAGAGCAUGAGGGACCAGGCCGACUGGCUACUCAGGAACAUCAUCCCCUACCAUGUGGCCGAGCAGCUGAAGGUCUCCCAGACCUACUCCAAGAACCACGACAGUGGUGGUGUGAUCUUCGCCAGCAUCGUCAACUUCAGCGAGUUCUACGAGGAGAACUACGAAGGGGGCAAGGAGUGCUACCGCGUCCUCAAUGAGCUGAUUGGUGACUUCGACGAGCUCCUGAGCAAGCCAGACUACAACAGCAUCGAGAAAAUCAAGACCAUUGGGGCCACGUAUAUGGCAGCCUCGGGGCUGAACACGGCCCAGUGCCAGGAAGGUGGCCACCCCCAAGAGCACCUGCGGAUCCUGUUCGAGUUCGCCAGGGAGAUGAUGCGUGUGGUGGACGACUUCAACAACAACAUGCUGUGGUUUAACUUCAAGCUCAGGGUGGGCUUUAACCAUGGCCCCCUCACGGCUGGCGUCAUUGGCACCACCAAGCUGCUGUAUGACAUCUGGGGGGACACGGUCAACAUUGCCAGCAGGAUGGACACUACCGGCGUGGAAUGCCGCAUCCAGGUGAGUGAAGAGAGCUACCGCGUGCUGAGCAAGAUGGGCUAUGACUUCGACUACCGCGGGACCGUGAACGUCAAGGGGAAGGGGCAGAUGAAGACCUACCUCUACCCAAAGUGCAUGGACAAUGGAAUAGUGCCGCAGCACCAGCUGUCCAUCUCCCCGGACAUCCGCGUCCAGGUGGACGGCAGCAUCGGACGGUCCCCCACCGAUGAGAUCGCCAAUCUGGUGCCUUCUGUCCAGUAUUCGGACAAGAUGUCCCUGGGCUCCGAUGACAACACGCAGGCCAAGGACAUGCAUCUGUCUUCAAAAAGACUGUGGAAGGAGCCCAUCAAAGCUGAAGAAAGGUGUCGAUCUGGCAAAGCCAUAGAGAAGGAAGACUGUGAAGACACAGAAAUGGAAGAAGCCAAUGAGCUCACCAAGCUCAACGUCUCAAAGAGUGUGUGAGGCAGCCUGCGGCUGCUCGGUGCUCUGUUCAUUGAAACACAAUAAUAUUUGUAUCUGGCUGUCGUGCUUUCCAGGCGCCCCAGUUUCUGUCCCUGGUUGUGGUGUGGUCAUUUCAGCCCUAACUUCUGUGUAGAUCACAGUUAUUCAGGGUUCCUUUCCAUCCAUUUCUCCUUUCCUUUGCUCUCUUCCCUGGAAUUCUGCCCCCAUUGGGGGAUCCGUUUAGCCGCGUAGAGAACAAGUGCCUUCAGGGGUCGGCCUUGGCCUCGUCCAGGACUGAGGCUGCCGGUAGAUCAUGGCUCUGGGUAUUCUUUGACGUCUUAAAAGAUAGAGAGAGAGACACGCUGUGGUUAGGAUUUCAUUGUUACUGCCUUUCCUCACAGACCCCUUUUAUUAUUUUAUUUUUGUGCUCAUAAAGUGCUUCUGAGUUUGUUUUCCUCUUUAUGUUUCCCACUUACCUGGCCUUUCUAAGCACACACGCACACGCACACACAUACACUUGCAUUUAUGAAUCUGACAUAAAGUGCCAGUAAUACACCAGGAGGGGAUUGGAGAGGAGAGCAGAGCCCCUCCCCACUGGCGCGGGCACCUGCCCCCCCCC